AUGAACCAGCAAAAUUGCCCGAAUUGUAAUCAUACUGAAAACUGUCCUUAUUGUCAACUUAAUUUAGCAAAAGAAGGCUUAAAUUUUCAUUCUUUUUCUAAGGCAACUUGGGGAACACUAGAAAAAGGCGGAAAGCCUGUUUUACUAUUCACUAAUUUAAUCUUUUCAUCUAAUUCACUUAAAGAAUUGAUUUCUCACCAUUUAAUUUCGGGAACAUAUUGGGUUAGGAAUUCAAUAGUGGCUUGCUGGUCGUCCAAGUUUUUAGCAGUUUUUAUUUGGUUGAUUUUGGCUUGGGCUUCUUCUUCGGUAGACUAUAUUAUAAAAUUAAGAUAUAGACCAAACUGGAAAACUAAUUGCUGGAUGCUCGAACAUCUUAAUUUGCCGUCUAUUACUGUUUCGCAAUUAGCCGAGAAAUUAACUUAUUAUGGUUUAGAAACUAAUUUAGCCGAGUGCGGCGAGGACAUUUAUUUAGAGUUCAUUCCUCUUCCCAAUCGACCUGAUUUAUUAUCUUGGCGAGGUAUAAUUAGCGAGACGGGGAUUUUAUUAAAUUGUUCAGUUAAACCAACCACUAUUCCUGUUAUAAAUGAGAGUCAACCAAAAUUAAUUGAACUAGUAAUCACAACUAAAAAUUGCCUAGAAUUUCAUUUGGACGCUGCUAAUUUGGUAAUGUUAGAGAACGGACAACCCCUCCAUAUUUUUGAUUAUGAUACUUUAUCUCCUCAACAAAAAAUUACCAUUCGCGAAACUCAGACCGGAGAAGUUUUAACUAAUCUUCACGGGGAAAAAACAGCACUUAACACGGGAGACAUUGUCCUAAGUUCGGGAGAAAAAAUUAUUAGUUUAGCCGGAAUUAUCGGUACCCAAGAAACCGCUCUAACUCCCCAAUCGCAAAAUAUUCUUAUUGAGUGUGCUUCUUUUAACUCCGAAGUAAUUAAAAAAAGUAGUAAAAGUUUAAAUAUUUCUACUGCCGCUAGUCAAUAUUUUAGCCAGGGAGCCAAUUUAGUUUUAUCACCAAAAAAAGUUCUAGCACGAGUCAUUUCGCUUAUUACUGAAACUUAUGGCGGAAACUUAAAUUCCGCAACUGUUUUCACCUAUCAGGAGGCACCCCAAAGAGAGAAAAAAAUAAUAACUAUUAGCCAAGAAUUUAUUGAGAAAAAGACGGGUCAAAAACUUACCAAUAAAGUUAUUGAAAAUAUUUGA